UCUCUCUCUCUCUCUCUCCCCCAAAACCCAGUAGCUUCUCCGAGCCCUAACAAUGGCGGCGUCAGCGGCUGACCCCUCCGACGAGGCAAAGCACAUCGAGAAGCUAUACGAGUUCGGCGAGCGUCUCAAUGAGUCCAAGGACAAGUCCCAGAAUGUGGAGGACUACCAGGGGAUUAUCAGUGCGGCGAAGACCAGCAUGAAGGCCAAGCAGCUCGCUGCGCAGCUCAUUCCCAGGUUCUUCAAGUUCUUCCCCGGGCUUUCGUCGCCGGCGAUCGAUACUCACCUUGAUUUGAUUGAAGAAGAAGAGCUUGGGGUUCGAGUGCAAGCUAUUCGGGGGCUUCCCCUUUUCUGCAAGGACACCCCCGAACACAUCUCAAAGAUUGUAGACAUUCUUGUGCAACUCCUUUCAGCUGAUGAGUUUGUGGAGCGUGAUGCUGUGCAUAAGGCCCUUAUGGCUCUUUUGAGGCAGGAUGUGAAAGCUUCUUUGACGGCCUUGUUCAAGCACAUUGGAAGUGUUGAUGAACCAAGCCAAGAUGAUGUUAUUCGCGAGAAAGUCCUAAGCUUCAUUAGAGAUAAGGUAUUUCCUAUUAAAGCUGAAGUUUUGAAGCCCCAGGAGGAAAUGGAGAGGCAUAUUACUGACUUGAUAAAAAAGAGCUUAGAAGAUGUAACCGGAGCAGAAUUUAGAAUGUUCAUGGACUUCUUAAAAGGUUUGAGCAUCUUUGGGGACAAAGCUCCAAAAGAACGGAUGGUCGAACUUCUUGGCAUCAUUGAAGGACAAGCUGAUUUAGAUGCUCAAUUCAGUGUUUCAGACGCAGACCAUAUUGACAGGUUGAUAUCCUGCCUAUUUAUGGCUCUGCCAUUUAUUGUGAGAGGUGCAUCAAGCAGCAAGUUCCUCAACUAUCUGAACAAACACAUCCUUCCUGUAUCGGAUAAGCUUCCUGAUGAAAGAAGGCUAGAUCUUCUCAAGGCUCUUGCAGAAGUUGCGCCAUUCACCACACCACAAGAUUCACGUCAGAUUCUUCCUUCUGUGGUUCAGCUGUUAAAGAAAAACAUGCCUCGGAGAAAGACCGGAGAGGAGUUUAACUUCACUUAUGUGGAAUGCUUGUUGUACACAUUUCACCAUCUUGCUCACAAGGUUCCAAAUGCUACCAACAGUUUGUGCGGUUACAAGAUAGUAACCGGACAACCAUCAGAUAGGCUUGGUGAGGACUUUACAGAGCAGUAUAAGGAAUUCACAGAGAGGUUGAGUUACGUGGAGGAGUUAACUAGGGCUACCAUGAAGAAAUUAACACAGGGAAUGGCCGAAAAGAACAAGGCGAUGGCAGCUGCAAAAUCUGAUGAAGCAAAGGAUAGCAUUAAAACUGAAAAGCAGAAUACUACAACUGGGUUGCGAACCUGCAAUAAUAUAUUGGCAAUGACAAAGGCACUGCAUUCGAAAGUUCCUUCAUUUAUUGGAGACAAGAGCAUCAACCUGUCUUGGAAAGAGGCGCCAAAACCUGCUGUGACCGCAAGCUCACCUGCCACAGGUGGAAAACGACCUGCUAAUGCUGGCAAUGGAUCUGGCAAUCCUUCAAAGAAAGGCCGAGGAGCUGGUGGACUACAACAUCAGCUUGUUAAUAGAGCUUUUGAAGGGAUAUCUCAUGGAGGAAGGAGUGGCGGGACAAGGGGCCGAGGCAGAGGGUGGGGAGGACGCGGAAGAGGAAGGGGUUACAACAGAUAGAUUUUGUGUAUGAAGCCCUGAGAUAAAGAAGAAUUGGGAUGGAUGACGGUGAGAUAUGGACUACAGGAAUACGUAUAUGAGCACUGAUGAUGUAUUGAGUUCUUCUCUUCGAUUAGGAACAAGUUUUGUUUCCUUCAGGAAGCUAAUUACUCUCUCAAUUUCUGGUGAAUUAAGACACUAAUUCUGUACCUCUGAAGAAUGGCUUGGGAUUAGGGCACUGAAUUAGUCAUCGGAAAAAAAUUGCAGCAGUCCUGUAUCUUGUUCGUGCAUCCCAUUGAAGAUUGACUUUAGAGGAACAACUUAUGAUUCUGAUAGUGUACGACUGUUAGUGAGAUUAUGAAACCAUAAGAUAUUGAUAAACUUUGUUACUGUCUUGUUGAUUUUUAUUAAUAACUUUAAUGUGUUAAAAACAGAA